AUGUUGCUGUGGGCGGAGCAGUCUCCGGACGAACUGUGCCCCGAAGGGAACGGUCAUCCGGCGGGCAAUGAGCAUCCCUACUGCGCUGGCCCCGGAGAGUUGGUCAACGUUCUGGCCGAUGCCGUGCCCGGUUUCCGGGCGGACUCUGGCGAAGCCGUCUCCGCCACCGCGUGGCUGCCCAGCAGGGGCGGCAGCCCCCUUCCGUCCAGCGCUCUGGUGGCGGACCCGUCCAGAUCCAGGGCCAGGCCCAGGCUGAUGCCCUGGUCCGUACCGGCAUACCGAGUGUCUCCGGCGGACGCCAUCCCCAUAUUUCAGGCUGGCAAGGGGCAGGGGAUGUUGACCACCGGCGUCAGCGUCGGAGGGGACUUGGCCUAUUGGAGCCAGGCGGUGCGCUUCGGGGCGGCGCUGGUGGCUCGGCAGCAGUUUCUGCCGGGGACAAUCCACGACGCCGAUGGCGCUCGCGCCACCUGGGUGCCGCUGUUCAUCGGAGCCGACGCCGAGCGACUGGCUCGGUUGAGCCAGCGUAUGCCCGCGUCGGCCCGGGCGCUGUCGGGCUCCGGCGCGGGUCAACCGCCCGACCAGCCGGCGGCCACCGUCCUCAGGACCUUCGUCGCCGCGGUCGCGGACAGCCUGAUCAGAAGUGUCAACGGGGCACCGGAGGUGAUUGCACCCAAAGGCCGCCGCGAAAAGUUGGCUUUCGACAGCGUACACGACGCCUGGUUGAGUGGCCUGAAAUCAAUCGACGGAGCGGUUCACGGUACUCAGGAACAACUGGGGCAGUUGCGGGCCCAGGUGGCGGAAUGGCAGCGACCCAUUGCCCUGACGGCCAGCGCACCGUUUCGGGUCUGCUUCCGGCUUGAAGAACCGCCGGAGCCGCCCGGCGACGAACCCGACGUUGCGGCAACGCAGCGCGAUGGGUGGUAUCUGCGCUACCUGCUGCAAUCCCACGCAGACCGCAGCCUGCUGCUGCCCGCCAGCGCGGUCUGGAAAACCGGCGGCCAGCGGGUCCGUGAGCUGGAACGGGACGGCUUCAACCCCCGGGAGUUCCUGCUGGCGUCUCUGGGUCAGGCCAGCGGGGUCUGCGCCGGCGUGGCCGACAGCCUGCAGCGGAAAAGGCCUGCGGGCCGGAAGUUGGACGCCGCCAUGGCGUACCAGUUCCUGACCAGGGAAUCCAUUGCAUUGGAAGAGGCCGGCUACGGCAUCAUCCUGCCGGCGUGGUGGACCCGCCGUGGAACCAAGACCAGGCCAACCAUCCGGGCCAACGUGAAGACCCCGCAGAUGCAGGGCGGGGGCGGCGUGUCAUUGGCCACCAUGCUGGAAUUGGACCUUGAGGUGGCGUUGGGGGACCAGGUCAUGACCGCCCGGGAACUGGAGGCGCUGGCCCAACUGAAAACGCCGCUGGUGAGAUUGCGCGGCCAGUGGGUGGAGCUCAACGCCAACGAGAUCCGGGAGGCGCUGGAUUUCUGGAACCGGAAGGGCGAGAUCACACUGCAGGACGUCAUCCGGUUGGCGGUGGGCGCCGGGGAGACGCCGGGCGGGUUGGACGUGGACGGUGUGUCGGCCAGCGGCUGGAUUGACGACCUGCUGGGGCAGCUCACCGGACGGGCCGAGUUCCAGGAACUGGAAACUCCCGAAGGGUUCUGCGGGACGCUGCGUCCCUACCAGCAACGGGGCUAUUCCUGGCUGGCGUACCUGCGGCGCUGGGGACUGGGCGCCUGCCUGGCCGACGACAUGGGCCUGGGCAAAACGGUCCAGACCCUGGCCGCCAUCCAGCAGGACCGCCGGGAUGGCGUCGCGGGAUCGGUGCUGUUGGUCUGCCCGACCUCGGUGCUCAACAACUGGCGCAAGGAGGCCGCCCGAUUCACGCCCGACCUGCCGCUGAUGGUGCAUCACGGUCCGAGCCGCCGGCGGGACGCCGAAUUCGUUGCGGAGGCCCGUCAACACGCCAUCGUCGUGGCCAGCUACGGGGCCCAGAACAUCAAGAACCCGGCCACCCGGCAGGCCCGAGCCGCCCGGUCGCUGGGCGCCGACUACCGGGUAGCCUUGACCGGCACACCCGUAGAGAACCACGUGGGCGACCUGUGGUCGGUGAUGCAGUUCCUGAACCCGGGCCUGCUGGGAACGGAGGGCGAGUUCAAACGCAACUACUUCAUACCGAUCCAGGCCGAAGGGGACGAGGGCGCGGCCCAGCGGCUGCAGCGGGCCACCGGUCCGUUCAUCCUGCGGCGGCUCAAAACCGACCGGGCCAUCAUCACCGACCUGCCCGAGAAGGUGGAGACCAAGGAGUUCUGUCCCCUGACCCGAGAGCAGGCCACUCUGUACGAGGCGGUGCUGCAGGAAGCCGAGCAGGCUUUGGCAGAGGCCGAAGGCAUCGGGCGCCGGGGCGCGAUAUUGGGCACUCUGACCAAGUUGAAGCAGGUUUGCAACCACCCUAGGCAGCUGCUGGGGGACAACUCCGCCAUCGGGGGACGCUCGGGCAAACUGGCCCGGCUGCAGGAUAUGCUGGAGGAAAUCAUCGCGGUGGGCGACCGCGCCCUGAUAUUCAGCCAGUUUGCCGAGAUGGGCGACAUCCUGCAGCGGCACAUCCAGGACACCUUCGGCAAAGAGGCGAUGUUCCUGCACGGCGGGGUCUCCAGGCGUCAGCGGGACCGGAUGGUGGAGCGGUUCCAGGACACCAGGAACGGGCCGCCGGUGUUCAUCCUGUCGCUGCGGGCCGGCGGCACCGGGCUGAACCUGACGGCGGCCAACCACGUCUUUCACUACGACCGCUGGUGGAACCCCGCCGUGGAGAAUCAGGCAACGGACCGCGCCUUUCGCAUCGGCCAGACCAGCAACGUUCAGGUGCACAAGUUCAUGUGCGCCGGCACCCUGGAGGAGCGGAUUGACCUGAUGAUUGAAGCCAAGCAGGCCAACGCCGAACGGGUGGUAGGGACCGGCGAAGGCUGGCUGACCAAGCUGUCCAACGACGAGUUGCGAGACGUCCUGAGCCUGAGCUCGGAAGCGGCCGUCGCCUGA